GCAAAAUUAAUUGAAAUCGUAUUAAAGCGAAAAUUGCAUUGUUGAAAUUGAAAAAAGAAAUUAACAUAUAUUUAAACAAAUUUUUUAGUUUUAAGCAUUCAAAAUGUAUAACAUAAAUCCUUCAGUUGAUCGCGGGGUCGAUAAUACAGACUCUGCAAAUAGGACGACGGGAAGUAUAUUAGAACGACUUAAUAAGCGCAACAAAGAUAGACAGAAUUACAAUGACAUCAGGACCGAACAACGCAAUAAGGCUAUAGUGCAAUUAGAAGAUGAGGAUAAUUUUGCUCAAAUGUUUGCGCAACGUGCACAGGAAAUAAUGGCACAAAUAAAAAAUAUUACAGAUUCAGCAAUCGAAAACAAAUUGAUUGAUCCUGUCACGAAAGCAGAUUUAGGGCGCUUGUUCAGUAAUGUUACAAUCGAGAUACGUGAUUUGCAAAAUUAUCUGACAUCUUCAACCAUAUUUUUGACUGAAUUCAAAGUCAAGUCCUGCCAGAUGGAGCUGAAUGAAAUAACGAGCCUAUGUGAACAAACACGUGCCAAACUUAUACCCAAGAAAAAAUUUGGCUUCAGCAACAGAAACGCUAAUCAAAAAUUAUUACAAAAUUCCAAAACACUAACAACCAAAUUAAAUGAUAACAAAAACUUUGAAUACUUGAAUGCCAACAAAACGAUUGUGUGGACUUUGUGCAAUCGAAAGGACGAAUACAUAAUGUUAUCUCGUGAUGAAGUCGAUGAGAAGGAUGUGACACUCUCCAAUUUAAAAAAUUGCUUCAUUGAAUUGCAAGGUCACCCUGGAUCAGUACAAGCAUCGCAUCUGAACAAUUGCAUACUGCUGUGCGGACCGAUAAUGCGAUCGUUUUUUGCUGAGAAUUGUCAAAAUUCUACAUUUGCGCUAGCGUGUCAACAAUUAAGAUUACACUCAUCCUCAGAUUGCCGAAUUUAUUUAUUUGUGAGCUGCCGUGCAGUAAUUGAAGACUGUAAGGAAAUUGAAUUCGGCAAUUAUAACUAUCAUUAUCCAAGCAUCGAUAGUGACUUUACCAAGGCAAAUUUAAGUCGAGCCAUUAACAACUACACAGAUGUCGCCGAUUUUAAUUGGUUGUCGCCAGACACACCUUCUCCUAAUUGGCGACUGCUGAAUAAUUGCUCACCAAACUGGUACGGAGAACUUGAUAAGUUUAAGAACAAGAACAUAUUAUAGGGGCAGGCAUACUCCCGCAUAAGCCGUCAUAAAUCCUUUGUAUUUAUGCUCGUCUUCUUCGUGCUUGGCCUGUGCGUGUGUUUACAAUGGCGAUCGUUACAACAUUUCUUGAGCACUGUGCGUUUAGAUGUAAUUACGAAGCUUUCUAAUUUACUCCCAUAAACCCUGUUUUCUAAUCUAAAAAUAAACAUUUCAAACAGUUGCAACUCAGUUAAGUAUAAAAAUUAAUACAAAUAUUUUUGCAAUAAAGUAUUUACCAAAUAAACUGAAACUGAUUUACAACCAA